AUGAGCGAUCCGGACAUCCAAGAAGCCACGGCCUCAGAACCAUUAACACUCGAGGAGGAGUACGAGAACCAGCAGUCAUGGCGGACAUCGCACGACAAGCUCACCUUCAUCAUCUGCCAUCCGCUGCCUGCAUCAUCCGAGACGAAGCUCGAAGCGGUACAGGCUGGGGAAGUUGACGCCCCGGGGCAAAUGAUUGGCGACAUCAAUUUCUUCAUUUACCCCGAUGACGACGAUGGCGAUGACGAUGAGGCAACUCAGGCCGCGGCCGAGGGCUCGUACGUCGGCGAGGUGGAUGUCAUGAUCGCGUCUAAGGACCAUCGCGGAAAGGGCAUUGGACACGCCGCCGUGACAGCACUCCUGACCUACGUGCACCGCAACAAGGAGCGCAUUAUUGCCGAGUACGUUGAGGGCGAGGGUAAGUCUGGCGAGGGGAAGAUGCCAGAACUUAAGGGCUUGAUGGUCAAGAUCAAGGAGAAGAAUGCGGCGAGCAUCGCACUGUUCAGGCGGUUAGGUUUCGUGCAGAAGGGGGUCGCGAAUUACUUUGGAGAAAUCAAGAUGGUUGGCCAGUUUUCUGCCGUCAAGGCCACCAAGGAGUAUAGAGAGAUCGUGUAUUCUAGAUGA